GAGGGCGGGGGUGCCGCUGAAGGAAACCCUAGCAGUCGCCUUCGCCUGCGUGUCCUCUUCUUCUCCGGCCAGCAGCCGCUGUCCGUUGGCACGCCCUCUCUUCCUUUCGUCUGGCAGUCCCUUCUCUCUUCACCGGCCAACUGACUGCCAUCCCAGACUCCGGCGACCGGAGUUCUCCGAUUUAAGAGUUGUGGAACAUGGCGGAGGAACCGAAGCCCCUCAAUUAUAUACCCGAGGUGAUAUUGAAGAAAAGGAGAAACAAUGAAGAGUGGGCAAUUAGAAGGAAGCAACAGUUGGAGCAGAGGGUUAGGAAAAGCAAAAGGGAUAAUUUUGUCAUUAAGAAGCCUGAGCAAUUCAUCAGAGAGUACCGAGAUAGGGAAUUGGACCUAAUCCAGAUGAAACACAGAGCUAAGCGGAAGAAACAUGCACUUUUGACACCAGAGUCCAAGUUGCUUUUCAUACUCCGCAUUGGAGGAAAAACUGACAUGCACAUGAAAACUAGAAAGAUUUUAUACUCUCUCGGACUCAGGAAAAUCUUCAGUGGUGUUUUUGUCAAGGCAAAUGAAAGGAUGAUGGGGAUUCUACAAAGUGUGGAGCCUUACGUUACAUAUGGAUACCCAAAUCUCAAGAACGUGAGGGAUCUGAUUUACAAGAAAGGUUUAGCAAAAGUUAACAGGCAGAUUGUUCCCCUGACCGACAAUAACAUCAUUGAACAGACUCUGGGGAAGUAUGGCAUUCUAUGCAUGGAAGACAUUGUAAAUGAGAUUGCUACAGUAGGUCCACAUUUUAAAGAGGUCACUCGCUUCCUGUGUCCCUUUAAACUCAACAAGCCUGAUAAAGCAUUGCAUGGAAAGAAGAAGCCAUACAAAGAUGGGGGAGAUGCUGGGAAUCGUGAAGACCAAAUCAACGAACUAAUCAGUAAGAUGAAUUAGCAGUAACAUAAGGUGUUGCGUGAUAUCUUAUUAGUUUUGUGUACUUGAGAUUGAACCUCAGGCGAUGCCCUAUGUUGUGCGUCUCAAUUUUGGUGUAAGCAUAUAACCUUACAUUGACUUGUACUAAAAUUUCGAUCUUUCGGGAGGAAGGAAAGGAAGCAGCAGCUAUUUAUUAGAAUGACGACGGGGGUAAUUGAUUUUUUAUUUUA